ACGAUGGUGCGGCCAGUCUGCGCACGGACAUCGAUCGAGGUUCACGUACCAUCCACUCCCCGAAAUUCCCGAUUGUUUCCCGAAUUGCGAUUACCGCGAUACGUCACGUACAACAGAAGAAAAAAGAAGAGAGAGAGAGAGAGAUAGAUAGAAAGAAGCAUGCCGCGGGAUCCUAUGCGGCAAUCGUGAAUUGCGUGCGCCGUGACAGUGCGAUGACACCUGUGCUUUUCCGACAGGAACGAACCGUCAUACCGCAACUGCGGGAGUAUUUUUCCGCGGUAUACCGUAGGAAUUUAAUAUAGCAACCAGACGACAUAUCCGCAAUUCCGUCAGUUUCGAGUUUCGUGUUCGAUAAAGCUGGACAAUGUUUAAACGCUUGUCGAAAUCGAGGCGUCACAGCGCCGACGAUGUCGCUCUCUCUUUGUCAAACCCCGUGACGACGGUGCCGCUGGACGAGCUGUCGGGGACUUCAACGCCGCGGGAAAACAAUCAGGAUCUGAACACCUCCGCUCUUUUGAAAAUCGCCAGAACGAAGUACACACGGAGGAGUCACGGCGAUGCCGUGGCGCAGACAUUGCUCGAAACGAAACAAGACAACGAACAAGAUGUCAUCGAAGCUGAUUAUCAAAUGGUCACGGCCGUACCGGCCUUCAUCAUCGAGCACGAUCCGGGAAAGCAGCGAGUGUCAAGUCUCGGAAUUUGGAGUCGCAGAAUGGGCAAGAAGAUCGACUCGUUUCGACGUACUAGAUCUCGCGAGACUAUUUAUUCCGCCGCGGAGAGAUCCGACGACGCCAAUUACAACGGCAUCAGCAAUAACAAUAACAAUAAUCUCAACAACAACGAUAAUAGUGCCAGCAACAACAAUAACAUCAACGUCCAUCAAUUGAACAAGAUGCACGUAGACGAGAAGACGAACAGAAAAUUACCGCCAGCUUGUCAUCGUUCUCCGUCUCCCUUCAAAUCGUUUUUCAUUCGGAUGGGUUCAACCGGUAUGCUUAACUCCGCCAGGAACAACAGGCGAUCACAAAAUAUCGAAGAAAGACCGUCGAUCCCGGAUAAAGAGAGCUUGUUCCGAAGCUGUAGCACCAGCCAACUGAACAGCAGUCCGACCUACGUGAAGGGUGACGAUCCUUCGGAGGGUAUUGAUUUGCAGAUAGCCGCGCGCAAGGACAAGACAAUGUCCUGCGACGAUCUGGCGGGACACCGAGACAACGAACAAAGAGCCUUCGAAUCUCACGCACGUGACUCUUCCGCUUCCACAUAUUCACUGGGCAGCCCGUCGGUGAGCUUCAGUACUUGCGACCUCGGUCAAACGAAAGAUGAGUCAUUUAUGAAGAAGAGCAACAGCUGCGACUUGAAAGAGGCCAAGAAGUCCAGUUUCCCGUACGCCUUCUUGCGAUCCAAAUUAUCCGUGUUGCCGGAAGAACGUCACGGAUCAUUGAUUUCUAAAGACGAGAGACUGUUCAAAACGGUCUCGGAGGAGCAUUUCCCGACUCUGCAGAUCGAGGAUUCGUACAUGAGCACCACAACUCUCGGACGGAAGAAAUUGAGACUCGGAAACGUUGGUUACAAUGACGCUUCGAGAAAUCAAGAAAACGCCUCGCGAAUAAAUCGGGCUUCUUACGCAGAAUUUCGCAGGAAUUCUAGCAAAUACGAAGCCGACAGGUACAGCCUGAACGCCAGCCGUCUCGAGCGAAUCGAAGCUGGUCUUCAGCAGGAAGACACCGCGGGCUGCUACAGUCUGUUCGACAGCAGUUUGUUGUCUCUUCGAGAGAACAACGAUUUUCAGCACGGCGAGGACGCUGCGCGUAACAAGCUGGACUUCGCUGGUAGAAUCGAGUCCGGUAUUACGGAAAAUUGUAACGUGGAUUUCGACGUGAUGGCUAUCAGAAAUGACAGACGAAAUUCUGUGUCGAGCUGCGAGCAACGACUGUCGUCCCACUAUGUGAGCUCGAACGAAUCCGGUUACGACAGUGAUGGACCACGCGGUGAAUCCGUGGCGGCGUUGGAAAAUGAAGGAUUGAGUAUAAAAUGCAGUUCAGAUACGAGCAGCGUGGUGGACUCGGAAGCGGAAAAACCUAUCAGGAGCUCGACGCCCAGUGAGUGUCAAGAUCAAGACAGCAGUCAGGACGCUAGAAAAAUCAGGCGGAAUUCUAAUAUCGAUGAGAACAGAUCGGAUGCAAAUACAAUGUCACAAUUGAACAUCGAGAGGAUCGACGGUAUCAGGUGGCACCGCAGCGGAUCUGGGAGGAUGCUACCCAGCAUUCACGGAACGUUCUUCGACGAGGACGCUAUAUCCCGGCUGGAAGACACUCAGCUUCCAAAUUGCGAGGACAGAUUGAGUCUUCUAUCAAACACGAUAAAGACGUUGGACGUCUCGCCUCAUCGCAAAAGACUGCAACAGGAUAAAACCAGGUUUUUGAGUGACAUAAUUCAGCCAUUAACGAGGGUUCGUCGAUGUUGUUUAAUAGAAUUACACAAAAGAAAUCCCAAGGAUAGUCUCGGGAUUCGACUGGCGCAACAGAGAUUAGGAUAUCUACGGUAUAUUGUUGUGCAACUCGAAAGCGAUGGCAUUGCUCAUAGGGAUGGCAGAUUGAGAUUGGGAGAUGAAAUCGUCGAAGUAGAGGGAAAGGAAUUGAAAACGUUAGAAAGUCUCGAAGAAGUUCAAGAGUUUUUGAGAUCCUUUACCGGUAACACGGUGAGAUUAACGACGGCUUACGAGGAAACGAUGCCGCAAGUAUACGAGGAUUCGCCAGCGACGUUGCCCGGCGAACACGAGUAUCUGGAAAAUGCGAAAAGUCUCUCCAGUAUGUCGUUGACUGACACCGAGGCAAAUCACGCUUCUUCCUCGGUCGAGAAGAAGAAGACGAAUGACAGCGGCGCGAACUCGCUUUAUCCGAGAAAGAGACCGGACUUUCUGCCGCUCUCGUGCCUGUCUGAAAAUCAAAAAAACAUCAACAGCAAUCUGGAACCCACGACGGAAUCGCAACAUUACGUAACGAAACACAUAGCUAGAUUCGAGAAAGGUUACGGCAAACCUAGUCUGGGCUUCAGCGUUGUAGGUGGCAGGGAUAGUCCCAGAGGUGAUAUGGGAAUUUUCGUUAGAAGAAUAUUCCCCGGCGGGCAAGCCGAUAUUUCUAGAUCGUUACUACAAGGCGAUGAAAUCGUGAGUUUGAACGGCAAAAUUUUGAAGGGACGCACGCAUCAGGAAGUCAUUGAAUUGUUUAAGACGGUGAGAGAGGGUGUUGUUGAGCUAGAAAUUACAAGAAGGCACAGGUAUUCUAAAAAUACUUUGAAAAGCGCGCCGUACUGAAAAAUAAGAAUAUUGAGAAACAUAAGAGAAACCGCCCACCGGAAGUGCUCCUUAGAUUUUAGGUCUAAUCAACUAUUAUUCACACAUACAGCAAACGGCAUUUUAGGAUUCUAGUCUAUCAAAAGAAAUCUAUGUGACUUUCGACAUUUCUCUCUUUCAUAAUUUAUUCCGCGCGAUUGUUGCAACUGCCUGCUAGAUUAAUAACGUUUUUAUAUUAGUAUUCAAUUAAUUAGUAUUCAACACACAGAUAUAUAUAUCGUGUUAUGUUGUUAUAAUUAUCAU